AAUAUACACUCACACGUCCGUGUCUCUAAAUAGCAGUAAAUAUAUAUACCAUAGACUGAUGCUGUUUGAAAAAUAAUACAAAGUAAAUAUCAACUUGGAAUGGGAAGUAAAGUUUUUGAACCCCCAGAAUAGUACAAACUGAAUUGUGAUAGGUAAUAGAUCGACACUACUUGGGCAAAAUCCUUCAUACGCAUCUGGAAAGUGCAAUGCUAGUCCAUUCUCAUAAAAACUUUGAAUGUUCAAAAUAUUACUCCCUGGUUUAAGGCCUAAGGAAGUUUGUACUAGUCUCUCUUGAACAGUGCAAGAGUUCACUUUGCAGCCGGGUAAUGGAUAUUCUCUUUUAAUCCUAAGAGAAAUAUCAACCUAUUUUUCCCAAUGUUUAAUGUAGCAAUUAAUGGCAAGGCUACUAACCAAUUCCACAUUUCCGCUGGUCAUAAGUCAUUUUCACCAAGGAAAUUUAGGGGCUGCAGACUUUUCAAACCUAUGGAAAUAAGAAUUUCUCUCAUUUGUGUAGUUUCUGCAGCUUGUGAUAAGUUUGUGUAGCAUUUUUUUCCAUAGAUGGACUUGGCUGUGGAAAUUGGAGUAACAAAGUCCUUCCCUCUUUCUGAAUUUUCCACUAUAAAUGGGCAAGCUUUCCUGCCAUUUCAGCCAUAGCGCAAUUUGUCUUUCUUUGCCAUGGGUUGCACAAAACCACAUUCUACUCUUACCAUAAUUCUGCUGGGGGUACUUAUAUUGGCUACCUCAGAUUUCACAGGUGCACAAACAGGAGUGUGUUAUGGAACAAAUGGGAAUGGAUUACCUUCUCCAGCAGAUGUCGUGGCUCUAUGCAAGCAGAAGAAUAUCCAAAGAAUGAGAAUCUACGAUCCUCGCCAGUCCACUCUCCAAGCCCUCAGCGGCUCCAAUAUUGAACUCAUGUUAGGUGUGCCAAACCCUGACCUUCAGAAUAUUGCUUCUAGCCAAGGCAAUGCAAAUACCUGGGUCCAAAACAACGUUAGGAACUAUGGUAAUGUCAGGUUCAGGUAUAUAGCAGUUGGAAAUGAAAUAAGUCCGCUAAAUGGCAACUCCCAAUAUGUACCUUUCUUGCUCAAUGCCAUGAAAAACAUUCAAAAUGCAAUUUCUGGUGCUGGUCUUGGAAACCAGAUUAAAGUUUCCACUGCUAUUGAAACUGGACUUACAACUGACACUUUUCCUCCAUCAAGAGGCAAAUUUAGAGAUGAUGUUCGACGAUUUAUUGAUCCCAUCAUCAGCUUCCUAGUAGCCAACCACUCACCUUUGCUUGUCAACAUUUAUCCUUAUUUUUCAAAAGCAAGCAAUCAAGACAUUAAGCUUGAGUACGCGCUAUUUACAUCACCUGGAGUUGUUGUCAAUGAUAAUGGAAAAGGAUACCAAAACCUGUUUGAUGCCCUCUUAGAUGCCACAUACUCGGCCCUUGAAAAGGCCGGUGGCUCGUCUUUAGAAAUCGUUGUAUCAGAGAGUGGUUGGCCUUCAGCUGGAGCAGGGCAAUUGACCUCCAUUGACAAUGCCAGGACUUAUAACAACAACUUGAUAAGGCAUGUCAAAGGAGGGAGUCCUAAAAGGCCCUCCAGGCCAAUAGAGACUUAUAUUUUUGCAUUGUUUAAUGAGGAUCAGAAGAGCCCUGAAUUUGAGAAGCAUUUUGGACUAUUUACACCGAACAGGCAGCCAAAGUACCCAAUCAACUUUAACUAGUUGGAGAAAGCAAGAGAAUUAAGGGAAUAACAACUGUUUUCUUUAAAUAAAUGUAAUUAAAUAAGGGUUGCCCAGCUUCAGCAGAAAGCAACUCAUUUGUAUUAUGUACCCAGACCUAUAUGCUUCUAUGGAAGGCACUUAUCUCAGUAGUCCAUAGUGAUCUUUAGACAUCUAGGUCAGAGCUAAGCAAAACCAGAAUAAAGCUAAUGGGAAAAUCCAAACUGAAUCUCAAUAUACUAAAGAUUAUUAACUU